UCUCCCAAAUAUUCACGUCACAUCCCCAAUUCAUAAACCUCCUCCAUCCAUAAUUAAAACCAACACAAACACCCCCAAACCACUUUUCUCUCCGGCCAAACACGCCCUUAAAUCCCGAUGCCCUAACCAUGACCACCACCACCAGCAAUCUCAACAACUCCAGCUCCAAAUCCAUCAACGAGACAGUGAAUGGGUCCCACAACUUCACCGUCCGCGGCUACUCACUCGCCAAAGGCAUGGGCCCCGGCAAGUACAUCUGCAGUGACAUCUUCACCGUCGGCGGUUACGACUGGGCCGUCUAUUUCUACCCCGACGGGAAGAAUGUAGAGGAUAGCUCUGUUUACGUCUCCGUUUUCAUCGCGUUGGCCAGUGAGGGCACCGAUGUUAGGGCUUUGUUUGAGCUCACUUUGUUGGAUCAGAGUGGCAAAGGCAAGCAUAAGGUUCAUAGUCAUUUCGAUCGCGCCUUGGAAGGCGGUCCCUAUACGCUUAAGUAUCGUGGGAGUAUGUGGGGCUACAAGCGGUUUUUUAGGAGAGCCACUCUAGAAACUUCUGAUUAUCUCAGGGAUGAUUGUCUGUCAAUGCAUUGUACUGUGGGAGUUGUAAGAAACCGCGUUGAGGGACCUAAGCUGUACAACAUUCCCAUACCACCACCAGACAUAGGACAGGGUCUAAAAGACCUGUUUGAUUCGCAACUUGGUUGUGAUAUAGCUUUUCAGGUUGGAGAUGAGAACUUUAAAGCUCAUAAGUUGAUACUUGCUGCUCGCUCACCUGUAUUUAGAGCUAUGUUUUUUGGACUUGUUGGUGACACCAGUAUGGAUAAAGUAGCCCUGGAAGAUAUCGAACCUUCUAUAUUCAAGGAUAUGCUCCUGUUCAUAUAUACAGAUGAGCUCCCAGAUUUACAAGAAUAUAGUUGCUCAACAUCAACAUGCUCAUCUGCCGUCACCCUUCACCAUUUAUUGGCCGCUUCUGAUCGUUUUGGUCUAGAUAGGCUUAAACAAUUAUGUGAAGCAAAAUUGUGUGAAGAAGUUACGGUCGAAACAGUGGCGACAACUCUGUCCCUUGCCGAUCAGCACAGAUGCUCACAUCUUAAGGCAAUCUGUUUAAAAUUUGCAGCAGCACAUUUGGGAGGUGCGUGUUCUCCAUAGAAUCUGAGCGGUGCAUUGUUCAGAGGUUAUGCAAUCAGAAGGCUUCAAGUACUUGGAAGAAAGUUGUCAGUCCUUGUUGUCUGAGCUUCUUGAAACAGUUGCAUCUGUGGACGAUAAGGGAGGUCAAACUGUGGCUAGUAAACGAAGUGGUAGCAGCAUUAUUGGAAUAGCUGUAGCUGCAGAAGGGUCCGCAGCAGUGGAUUCUGGGAUUCCUAAUGGCAGGCGCACGCGGAGGCGCCUCUAGGGUCAGUGUUUGUGCAAGGUGCAAUAAAAUUGGAGUUAUGUUCCUAAGAGAGCACUAGUUCGUCAUAGCAUCAGUACUAAGUUUCUUGUUUAUUUUUUUGUUUUGUUUUUAAAUGUUCUUUAUAAAGUUCAGCAUGCAGUUUCUAUAUAUUGAAUUUUGAAGUUGCAACUUUCUCCCUAAUGGUUGGUUGGGCUGGUCCCGUGUGUUUAA